AUGGUGGCUGAUGCUUUAAGAAAUGGAGAUUGGUGGUUAAGUGCUUCGCGAAGCAGAAACGCCAUCAUCUCGUUAUUGAAGCAGUGUUUGCCACCGGCCACUCCAAUAGUGCAGUCAUCAACUGAUGAUAGAUACCUAUGGAAAAUGGGAAACGAGUCUCCCACGGAUCAGUUCUCUACUGCAAAAACUUGGAAUGUUCUUCACCCUCCUAGUCCUCCGGUGUACUGGCACGCGCAAGUUUGGUUCAAAGGUAGAGUUCCUAAACAUGCCUUUAUUUCUUGGCUUGUGGCAUGGAACAGAUUAACCACUAGAGAUAGAAUGAGGAGUUGGGUGCUGAGGUCUGGAGCUUCUUCUGCUCUCGACUAA